GGGCUGCAGUGUCAGUGGAUGUCUGCAGGGACACGGGCCAUCAAGAUGCGACGAUGGAGUCUACUCGUCACUGUUUUCUACUGCCACCUCUGUCUUGCUGCUGCUCAGCACCGGAGGAAAGCCCUGUACCCAUCAGCAUUUAGGGUGAAGCGUGGAACGCAUUCAUUGGUCAACCCCACCUUUCAGAACACUGUGGAAGACGUUAACCUGCUCUUUGAGAUCCUACUUGCAGGCCUGCAGAUCGAGGGCGAAGACAUGCCCUUCCUGAUACCAGACCCAGAACUGGCGUCCCUGAGGAGAGUCCAAAAGCUGGAGGUCAUCUGUGAGGAUAUCCUGCCCAAGAAACUCUCUGAAAUCAGACGUCUGACAUCACAUCUUUCCCAGCGUAGAGGUUCCCUUAGUAGGGAGGACUUUGAGCGCACAGUGCUUACUAUGGUAUAUACAGCCCAGAGUCUGUCUCAUACCAUCUCCGACACCCAGAGGGAGCUGUGGGGAGACACCCUGGUGCAGCUGUUCAGGGCGAUAAAAGAGGAUCUGGCACCCCCAUUAAGAGCUGCUCAGAACAACUAGUGAUAUAUUGUUUUACAAACAGUACUUAAGAAUUCAUGUUAUUUUGUCCUGUAAGUCAGUUUGUGAGAGUGCAAAUUCAAUUUUUUUAUUGAGUUGUAAUUUAAUAUCAAAACAGACUUUUCUGAUAAUGCAAUAUUGUUGGUUAUGAUCAAACUAUGAUAUUAUCCUAUUCAAAGCCCAUUGAAGGGAGAAGGAGAAAAACAUCUGUGAAUGAUAUACUUUUAACCUCCCAUCCUUCUGAUUCUGGCUUGUCACGUCACUCAGGACUACGUACAGUAUGUAAA